UUCUUUUCCCCUCCCUGCUGCUCUUGGAUUUCACAUGAUGGCAGCAGAGGGGAGGAAAAGCGCCGGUGUCCGGCCAGAUCCCGGCUGAACCCAGGGCCCUGCUCCUGGCCCCGCUGCCCCAGCCUGCCCCGCGCUGCGCCGGCCUCGGGAUCGGGCCCAGCUCCUCCUCCGGCUGCCCCGUGACGGUCCCAAGGGUGACUUUACCUGCCCAACCUGCGCUGCCACCACCCGUCCCACCCCUUGAGUCAACCCGGCCCGGGCCCCGCUGCUCCGCCAACGCCACCCGCGGCGCCCUCCGCUCCCCGGCCCCGUUCCCGAGCCCCCCUGCUCUCGGGCUCCCCGGCACCGAGGAGACUUUGCCCUCCUCAUCCCCCUCCUUGGAGGCCUCCCCCGCUCGAGGCUUUGCAGUGGGAAGGAGGAAAAAAAAAAACAAAAACCCAGCUGGGGCGGGCGACAUGAGCAGCGCCGAGGAGGAUUACAACUUCGUCUUCAAGGUGGUCCUGAUCGGGGAAUCCGGGGUGGGCAAAACCAACCUCCUGUCCCGCUUCACCCGCAACGAGUUCAACCACGACAGCCGCACCACCAUCGGCGUGGAGUUCUCCACCCGCACCAUCGUGGUGGGCGACGCCACGGUCAAGGCGCAGAUUUGGGACACGGCCGGGCUGGAGCGGUACCGAGCCAUCACCUCCGCGUAUUAUCGGGGCGCCGUGGGGGCCCUGGUGGUCUUCGACAUCACCAAGCACCAGACGUACGACGUGGUGGACCGCUGGCUGAAGGAGCUGUACGACCACGCCGAGCCCAGCAUCGUGGUGAUGCUGGUGGGGAACAAAACCGACCUGGCGCAGGCUCGGGAGGUGCCCACGGAGGAGGCGAAAAUGUUCGCAGAGAACAACGGGCUGCUCUUCUUGGAGACCUCGGCGCUGGACUCCACCAACGUCGAGCAGGCUUUCGAGACCAUCCUGAAGGAGAUCUUCCAGAAGGUGCAGAAGCAGAAGCAGAGGAGCAGCCAAAGCAGCACGGUGUCGCUCGGCAGCGAGAACCCGGAGAGCUCGGCCCCGGCGCAGGGGGAGAAGCGCCCGUGCUGCGUGGCCAUCUGAGCCCCCCCCCCGGGCAGCUCGGGGGGGUCCGGGACGUGCCAAGGGGCUGGGGCUGGGGCUGGUCCCUUUGGGCCACCAACCCCCUGCUGCGGCGUGGUGGGGAGCCUGGAAAGCGGGUAAAUUCUGCCAGAAAUGGUGAAAAGCCUCAGUGCCGGCAGCUCCGCGCCAUCCGCCUCGUUUUUAUGGGGUCCUGAGCAAUUCACACCAGCACCCGAGCUGCCCCGGAUCCCGAUCCCGAUCCCAAUCCCUCCAGCCCCGCCGUGCAGAGGACUGAGACACCCAAGGGUGCUGCUGCUGCUUCUCGCCGGGGCCGUGCCACCCACGGGAGCUGCCGCGAUCCUGCUGUGGGGUCUGCGCCACGCGCUGGGGACCUGCCUGUCCCCACAGCUCCGCGUCCCCAGUGGGGACAGCUUCGGGGUCACCGCAUCCCAAAAUGUGGUGCUGCCACCAUUAAAGGACUUGCGAAAGGCGG